AUGGCUGAGAUAACCACAGUCGCCCCCGAGACCCACACCCUCCUGAACGAGUAUGGAGAUUACCACAACUGGUCAGAGCUCUUCCACCUCCUGAACUACACCUACAGCUUCUGCGAGUUCAGCCUGGAUGAGAACGUCAAGCGGGUGGUGCUCUUCAUCCUCUACCUGAUCAUCUUCGUGGUGGGCCUGGUGGAGAACCUCCUGGUCCUCUGGGUCAACUGGCAGACGCGGGGCAGCAAGAGCUUGGUCAACCUCUACAUCAUCAACAUGGCUGUGGCCGACCUGGGGGUGCUGCUCUCGCUGCCUAUCUGGAUGCUGGAGGUGGUGCUGGACUACACCUGGCUGUGGGGCAGCUUCCUCUGCCGCUUCACACACUACUUCUACUUUGCCAACAUGUAUGCCAGCAUCUUCUUCCUCACCUGUCUGAGCGUGGAUCGCUACCUGACCCUCACCAGCUCCUCCCUCUUCUGGCACCGGCACCAGCACCGAGCGCGCCGCAUUGCCUGUGCCUGCAGCUGGUUGCUGGCUGCAACCAUCCCCUUCCUGGAGGUGGCUCACAUGCAGCUGGUCAACACCGGGGAGCCCAUCUGCAUCUUCAUGGCCCCCUUUGAGACCUACGACGAGUGGGCGCUGGCGGUCAGCUUGGCCACCACCACCAUCGGGUUCCUGAUCCCCUUCCCCAUCAUCGCCACCUUCAACGUGCUGACCGCCAGGUUCCUGCGGCGCUGCAAGCCGGGGAGCAGGGGGCACUGCCUGCUCAUCUACGCCUACAUCGCUGUCUUCCUGCUCAGCUGGCUGCCCUUCCACAUCCUGCUGACGCUGCUCACCCUCGAUGGCAGCCACAUCAUCCUGCACUGUGCCUUUGCACACUUCCUCUACUUCUUCUACGACAUCAUCGACUGCUGCACGCUGCUGCACUGCGUCCUCAACCCCAUCCUCUACAACUUCCUCAGCAAGAGCUUCCGCAGCAGGCUCCUCUCCGCCGUCGUCAGGUACAUCCCCAAGGACCAGGGCAACCAGAAGGCUGCAGGCAGCUCCUCCUCCAGCACGCAGCACUCCAUAGUCAUCACGAAGGACAACAGCAAUUCUCCCAACUAA